UCAGCAUGCAGAGGUAAUUAAAGACACAUAUGGAAUGGCUGUCGUGAAGGAAAACAACCUGUAAAAGUGCGUCUUAAAAAUGGGAUUUAUCCUUAGUUAACGGUACUGAGCUAUCAAAAGGACAGAAAUCCUGAAGAAGGAUGAAUAUUGACGUGGUUGGACGGAUCCGCCCAUCCAUCCGUGCUGAGGGAUCGGGAAAUCUUAUCAUUGAUGGACAGAGGAUAGCAGCACAGUCUAAAGGACCUUUUCUUAACUUCUCCUAUCUGCACCAUAAAGAUGCAGGAAACUAUGAUGUAUUCAAGCACUCUGUGGAGAACCUGCUUGACCUGUACUUGGCAGGGUUCAAUGUUUGCCUCCUGGUUAUGGGGGAGAGUGAGUCUGGAAAAUCCUUCACUGUUGCUGGAGAAACUGCCAACAAGGCUGGCAUUGCACCGAUGGUGUUUGAUUACCUGUUCAGCAGACUUGCAGAAGAGAAAUUCAUGGCUGAUACAAAGGUGAGAAGACAUAGUCCCACAGUGACUUUACAGAUGUAUGAAGUGUACAAUGAACUUAUCAAGGAUCUGCUCCAGGUCCCUGGGGUCACUGGUGGGGCAUACAAGGACCUAACAGAGUCAGCAGACAAAGGAGUCCAUGUCAAGGAUGGUACUUCUGUGACCCUGAAAGAUGCUUCAGAUGCAAACUCCCAGUUCAGAGCAGGAAUGGGCCGAAGAACAGAGACCACCACAGAUUAUGGACCUGCAUCAAACAAUGCCAGCACCAUCAUCAACUUUGACCUCGUCAUGGCCCCCAGAAAAAGCUUGACUGUUGGUGACAAUCCACAGCCCAACAAGUCCCGUUUCACUAUCGUUGAGUUACCGGGACUGGAGAAGCUUACUGAUGAUCCUACUGAUCUCCGUCAACGUGAAGGAGCUAGUCUAAGCAAGGCCCUUAUCGCCCUUAACGGCACUUUCACAUCACUCGCCCACAACCCUUUCCCAGACCGAGUCAUCAACUACAGUGAUUCUAAAUUGACACAGCUGUUGAGAGAGGAGCUGGGAGGAAAUUUUAAAACCAGAGCAAUUCUUUGUUUGAAGCCACAUACAGACCAAAGAAAUCUCUCCUCCAUUCUGACGUUUUGUACUCGUGUGUCACAAGCAAAGAAUUUCCCUGUAAUCAACGAUAGCUUUGCCCAGAAUUUGAUCACACAAUACCGAGCCCGCAUCCUUGACCUCCAACACCAGGGAGGUGUCGGCCCGUCACCAAUGUCAAAGAUCACCAACCUUAACGACAUCCAGGAGACCAUCCGACAACUACAGACAGACAAUCUGAGGCUAAAGGAUGAGAACGAGAGGCUGCGGAACCGCUAUGAUUCGGUCCAGAACAAGUUUGGCAAUAUGGCCACAACUAAGACGGACCUUUCUCAGCAGCUGCUUCUGACAGAGGAGGAGAAACUUAAGGUCUCCCAGUCUCUGGUUGAAAUGCAGAUUGAAAACAACAAACUGAGAGAAGAGUCUGAGGCUACAAAGUUUGAACUGAAUAACAAGAUCCUGUUAUUGGAAAAGGCAGUGAUUGAGGCAGAGAAUGAGAGAGAUAGAUCAGUGAAGGGAGCACGACAUGCAAAGGACAGAGUGGUAGAAAUGGAAAAAGACAGGAAGGAUUUAGCAGAUGAAUAUGUUGUUUUAAAGACAAACUACCUAGCACUUGUCAGAGAACAUGAAAAGGAGACAAAAAAGAAUGAAGAACUGAGUAUAGAGGUCCUCAACUUAGUCAAUGCUAAGGCAGCUCUAAUGAAGAGGCUGCUAGUCCUGUCUGGAGGUGACAGCAGCGUGGGUGACCCGGAGGCUGAGAUCAGCAGGGUCAAGGCCCUAGUGAUCAAGAACUCCUCGGGCAGGGUCAGGACUGAUGAAAUACUUGGUACACAGAAUGAUCGUGCUAAUGUGGAAGAAUCUUUGUUCCAUAACAAAAAUCGGUAUGACAGAGACUUGGAGAGGUUAAAACAGGAUCAUGGAGAUGAACAUCGCAAGUUUGAGUCUAAAAUAACCACUCUACAGAAGGAGGUGAAUGAUACCAGGAACUUGGCAAGAGACAGACAGAAGAAAAUGGCAGAAAUGAAUGCGUCAUUGAUUGUGUUAAGGGGCGACAAAGAGCAACUGGAGUUACUGAACAAUCGUCUACAACACAAGGUGAAAGAUCUUGGUGAGGACUACAGAUCACGUCUCAUCAAAUACGUAGAGGAUAUCUCGGAAUAUGUUGACAAGGGUAGUGGUAUUCCGGACGGACGGUCAGCCACACAGAUGCGAGAGUACAUGGACAAGAUGAUGAAGGACAUCACAAGGUCACACAAGGAACGUGAGGAACAGUUGAGUAAAGCGGCACAGCAGUACCGUGAUAGACAGAGACACCUUAUACAUAAGUACGAGGAAUUACUCAUACACUACAGAAACCUGCGCUUGAUGUGUCAGGAGAGAGGUAUAGAUGAUUUGGACAUGGGUCCAGAUGAACAGGAAAUCACUAUGACAGACUCAGAGAUGACUUCAGCAAACCUUAGGGAAAUAGCAAGACUGAAAACAGAGCUCAAUAAAACAAAACAAAAUGCAUCAAAUCUGAAAACCAAGUUUGGAGGUGACCCUAGUCUGGGUUCAGGAAGAGUUGGUGACAUGCCUGCUGAGUCGUGGUCCAUGUUGAGGAAACAGCUGCGAGAGUAUACAUUGAACACACAGCAGCAGCUUGAGGAGGAGAGAGCACGACUUUUGAGUGAAAACACAUCCCUGAAGGAACAGCUACGGGAAAGUCAGGACUAUAUAGAACGGCACCUGAUCAGAUACAAACAAGAGAUUGUGAAGUUAAGAAGGAAGCUAGGUUAUGACGAGGAUGGCGGGAUAAUCCCUGGUGUCCAAGGAGGGUAUAGUGACAGAGGACCUCGCCGUCCAAGGCGGAAAUAAUGAUCAGCCCCUUACAGCUGAAGAACAGUGGACUUUUGUGGUCUUGGGAUUACUGACCUAGUUGCAGUUGCCCAUGACAGCCAAGGACAACAGGAACAAUGAUCUUUUGAGGAAAUUCAUUGGACUUAAAUGUAUUUAGUGAUAGACUUUUAACAAAAGUGGACCAACAUGUACAUUUAAUGAACUUCAGGAAGGUCUGUGGAUGGUUAAUGGUGGAGACCAUGACAGAAGUUGCUAUUAGCAACACCUUGUUCAUCUUUCAUUAGUCUAGAUCAUUUACUGAAUCUUCUAGUUGUGGGCUGCUGUGGUGUGAUCCUUAAUGACAAAUAACAGGCACACGUUGGAACAGAGGCUGUCCCAAGGAAUAUGCGGCCCUUGCAGAUUAAGUGGUGCACCAUGCUUGUGUCUAGCUACUUGUCUGACUAUCACUAGUUUUCAGACUUUCUACACAAAACAAGAUAAAUUGAUAGAUGAUGGAAACAGCUUUUUGGGCUUGACAUAGUAUGUUGUUCACAGCCACUACGGUGUGUUCACAUUUAUUCCAGAAUAGUUCCUUGCCCCUCUGACAAUGUUGGAUACUUUGACUUGCAAAUGGAAGUUAAAACAGACAAAUGUUUUAAAGUGAAUAUUUGUUAUACAAGGUUGUCCCUGUUUUAAGAUAUCAGUUGAUAGUGAGUGUUUGGUCAGCGCGUUUGUCCAUGUUCUGUAUAGACUUUUACUGUAAUGUUACUAGUGGUUGGCUCAUGUUAUAAUGUAUAAUUAAUUAGGUGCUCAGUGUACGGUCAAAUUCAAGGAAAAUUGAUCACUUUCUUACUGCUACAAAUAUUCCCCAUAAAUCAAAUGUUAUGCCUGCAUCUAUCAUAUUUCCAAGACAUUUUUGAUGUAUUUAUCCAACUGUAUGCAGAAAUACUGUGCAUAAAUGAUCUGACAAAUAAGAAUUUCUCUCUUAGUUAUGUAAAUGUAUUUUUCUCAGAAGAGACAUUGGGUAAAGUGCUAGUGACACAAUACAGUCUGAUAAUGUGGCUGACUGGAAUAAUACACUUUUUGUUUUAUUACCUUUGAUCACUUUUUUUAUUACAAUUUCAUCUAUCUUUUUUAUUUCUCCGUUACGUUCAAAAAUUAUACCUGGUUAUAUCAGAAAACUAAUCAAGAAAAGAAAUGUGAUGUUUUUAAGUGAAAUUCAUUUGAAGUAUUAAUUCAUCUGGCAUAUUACUGUAUAAAUACAUUGUCAGGAUACGAUAGUUAACUUCCAUCGUAACUUCCAUCGUAUUGAUAUAAGUUUACAUUUACAUAUUGUAUGUACAUUUUUUCACAUACCUGUAUACAAUGCAGUAUGGAUAGGGAUGGGUGGGGUACGCCUCUCUUUACCAUGACCAAGUGAAGCACCCCGCCCAACCCUAAAUUUUUGUUUUAUUGGGUUUAGAGAAAUAGUUAAGUUAACUGAUCAAAAAUUAAGUGAAGAAAAGUCAAUUAAAAACAAAUCAUUAGGUGACUUCACUUUACCAUGAGGGAGGAGGGAGUUUAUUUCACCAUAAUGGUAUUUUCACCCCAGUUCAUUUCACCAUGCUUCAAAAUACCCUACCACACUGGUAAACUUUAUGACAUUUUUAUUUUCUGAUUGUCAUGUUAUAAAGAUAUAUUUUGUUAUUUAUUUUCUGAUACUUGUGUAAGGAGUGAUUUUGUCGAAAUACACGAAUGUAUUUCUUUCAGUCCUUAUUUUGAAAUUGUUACAGAAUCUAUAGUGAGCAUUAUUAUUUAAGCAGGGAAUCUUGUUUCAAUUAACUGUAAAGGCAUUUUUUUGUGAUGGUUCAAUUUUUGUAAUUUUACCAAUAAUGAUGCAUUCAUUCUCUGAAAUUUUGAAAGGGAUUUAACUAAUUCGUUCUUUUUUCUUAUUAUCUGAUUUUCAUGAUUUGAUGCUAUUCUCGAAAAAUGGUGAAAUAUAGAACACCUUUGAAUGAGAUCAAUUAAGAUGUUAAAUUCAUGAAUUAUUUAGGUUUAUUUUUGAAAAUGGUGAUGUUAUUAGAAAUCUAAGAUUGUAAAAUUGUAAAUAUUAAAAAAUGAAAAUAUAUUGCAAUCAUUUGAAAUUAAAAGUAACACUUUAAGUUUAUGAAGUAUAGGCAUAUGAAUAACUAACACUGCAUGAAAGUGAAAAGGAAAAACAUGUCCUUUUGAUUAUAGUAACUCUUAUGAAGGCUAUGACCAGAUAUUUUGUCACUGUAGUUUAGGACGACGCUGAUGUCUGUACAUCAUUAGGCAAACUGUGUUGUGAUAAUGUAAUUUUUUCUGUGUAAAAUUAUUUUCAAUAAUUUCUAUCUUGCCAAAAACAGAUUUUUUAUUGUCACAUAUGGCUCAAAAUAUAGUGUUUGUAACUUGUUUAUCUUCCUGUGCCUUUCCAGUAUGUAGGUUGAGAAUAUUAUAUACCCAACUUAUAUACAUUUAUACACAUCGGCAUGUCAAGCCGCCCAGUUAUAAGUCAUGAACAGUAUGGUAUAUACUGGUAGAUAUUAAUAUUGUUUGUCACCAGUCUUCCUGAUACAUUAUAUUUAUAAGGUGUAUUUUUUCUCCUGUUGGUUCUGACCCAAUACAUGUAUAUACAUUUAUACUAUCACUAUUUUGUGAUUGCACAGGAUCAUGAUUCAUCUUCUUUUUUUUUUGUGAUUGCACAGGUCCCUGAUUUACCUGUAUUCAUUCACAUUCCUGUACCUAAUAGUAUCAAAUAUUAUGGAUGUUUCUAAUCUAACAAUUGUUUUCACAUACUGCACAAGAUUCUGAGAUUAUCUGUAUAUGUAUACUUGAGUGGAAAAUCCUUUUUUUUUCGGUGACCUAUUCUCCAAGUUACAGCCACUGUUGACUUGUAUGGUGUGUAACAAACACUGUUGUUUGUACACUGGUAUACUAAUGCUGCUUAGAAUCAGUAAUUAUCAUAUUUAAAGACCAAUUUUUAGCAAUAUUUUCCUGCUGAUCAUAGUCAUGCAAAUGUUAUUUUAUACAUUAUCUUCUGCUGUCAGUCUAUUCACAAUUAUAUGUAGAUUUAUGGUAAGUUUGUGCCAUAACAUGUAAACAAAGAUAUGUAAAUUAUGUCAUAUAAAUUAAGCCUAGAAGUAAGGUUAGAAAGAAAAUAGAUUGUAUUGGUAUACCAGAUACUUUUAAUAAUGAAUGUAAAGUACAAUGUAUUCAGAAUUAGCACCCACAUAUUUUUUCUAGAACAUAUACAUCCUGUGUAAAUGAAAUACUGCACAUGUAUUAGUUUUGGUGCACUCCAAUUUUAGCAAACAUUAUCAAUAUUCUAACUGGUUAGUAGGAUGAUUGAUUGACACGGCCACAUCAUUUCCUAUAGAAAUAGCAUAUAUAAAGAGUCAUUAGUGCAAUCAUAAUUUAUCGCAAUGCUUCCAGGGUAAAAAACACUAAAAUAAGCUUACUGCUCAGAUAAGUAUGUUUACAGUAGAUAAUUACAUACAGGAUGGUAUACCUAUCGAUAGAUGAUUGAUUGAAAUACUGAAUGUUGUUUUUUCCCUUAAUAUAUGAUGUAAUAUCAUUUAAACGGUGUCAGUCUUACAAACUGUUCCCAGAGAUUUUCAUGCAAGUAUUUAAAUUCUAUAGUUUAAAGUGAAAAUAUUCUGUGGUUGUUUCGUUGGUGCCACUGAGAAUAAAGUCUGAACUGGCAUUAUACAACAUAUUUCAAAACUACAUAUAAACACAAAUUAUAAAACUUGUUAUUUAAAACAAAUACAAAAUAAAGUGCUUUAACUACAUGUAUAAAUUCAAAUAAAUUUUAAUAUAUACCAGUAUAUAAGAUGUAAGUUACCCAAUUGUGUUGUAGAUCUGUUCAAAUGGACAGAUAAUUUGUUACAUUAUGUAUUGUAUAUGUUUUGUGGCCUGUUUUGAUGUAUAUAGAACAUUAUUAGAUAUUUUUGGGGGGAGGGGUUGAUACCAGGUAUUCAGUAGUGGUAGUAUAUUUGUGUAUACAGACAUGUUAAGUCCCACACAUUCAACUGGAUACUCCUGCAAAAUGUAAAACUGUCUCUAUACUGAUAUUUGUGACCCGUACUACUGGUCCAGAGUUGUAUUAAAAUCUCCAGUUACUUGCUCCUCAUUGCAUUGCAUGUGAAUUUGUCUAUGAAAAAAUCUAACCCAAGUGAUUUUUUCUUCCCUGUGGUCACCAAACUGUAAUAAACAACCAUCAGUCUCAAAGAAUGUUUUUCUUUCGACAUAUGCCAUGAUAACAUCUUAGUACAAAGAUGCUUUAUUCGUUUGUUAAAAAAAAAAGGGGGGGGGGGGGGGGGGGGGGGGGGGGAGUAAUGGGCAAGGAGAUAUCCUAGCUAUAGUGACACCUUGUAUCUGUACAUCACCACUAUGUUGAUAUGGAUGUAAAUAGUAUCUAUAUCAGAAUGUCAGGUGUAGUUUUACUGAGUUUAACCAUACUCUCUAAAACAUCUAAUAAUACUCUAUACACACCUGGAUUGGUCAGAGUAUUCUACUGUAACAGAUUAUCAAGUUCCUGUGCUUGUGUUUCAUACAAAUAUAUUUGGCUGCCUGUAGUUCAGCUGUAUAAUGUAGGGGAGGAUGAACUGUCAUAUACUAUGUACAUGUAUAUAUACAAACACUUUGUAAAUGUGAUGAUCAAUGCUGAUGUGAUAUAAUUUAAUUCUUUUUAGUUCAAUGCAUGUGAUAAAUCAUAGUUAUAGAUAUAUCUUGUACUGAAAUAAAUACAGAAAUUGAAA